GCCUGCGCCUCUGCAUUCGGAGGCGGAGUUGGCCCAGAGCAGGAGCUGGCUACCUUGCCUGCCUGCAUGCUCCUUCGAGGAGAUCCAGUCAUUGUGCAAGAGGAGCAAGCAGCUCCAUCUUAGUGCCAGCUCUCCUUGAUGUUCAAAGGAGAGGGAGAUCCGGUGGCUGCAAGGGGAAAAGGAAGAAGGAAAACACAGAGAAGUAGGAGUCCUCUUCAUCCUGAUAGAUAGCAAAAUUUCAUCUUGGGCUUCACUGGCACCAAGAUGCAGGUGGCCUUUGAUGAGGUGGCUCUGCCUUUCACUGAGCAGGAAUGGGCCUUGCUGGAUGCGAACAAAAGAGCGCUCUACUGGGAUGUCAUGCAGGAGAAUUACCGGCAUGUGAUUUCAUUGGGAAUCCUGCUUAGUUUGACAGAUGACGACAGUUCAUCCCAGCUUCCAUUGAUGAUGUCCUGUUUUUCUAACAGCAUAGAGUUUCCCCAGGUAGCAUUUGAGGAGGUGGCUCUGCAUUUCACACGGCAAGAAUGGGCUUUGAUGGAUGCGAAUGGAAGAGCCCUGUACUGGGAUGUCAUGCAAGAGAACUACCAGCAUGUGACUUCAUUGGGACUUCCAAUGGUGCAGUCCAGCAUCCCUGCUCAUCUCAAACAAGCGAAAGAACUGUGGAGAUGGCGUUUCCAGGGGCAUCAGGGAAAACUGCCCUUGACAAAAUUUAUUCAAGGGAAUGGUUGUCAACAAAGGAGUCUGGAAACCAUGGAACUAUGUAGAAGGUUGUUGAGUCGUUCCCAAGAGACGAACUCUCCUAAACAUGAGGCCAAUAAUAAUGGGCAAAAGCUAGAAAAUUGUCAGGAGAAUCAGAUACUGGAGAGACCUGGAGAAACAGCUCAUUUGAAUGGAGGCAUCAAGGCUGCAAAGUGUCCUCCCACCGGUGUGGGAGAAAGGAAGGAUUCUUGUCCGAAAUGUGGGAAAACCUUCUGUCACAAAUCUGCACUCACUGCGCACCUGAGAAUCCACACAGGAGAGAAGCCGUAUCAGUGCCUGGAAUGUGGGAAAAGCUUCAACCAGAGCUCAGCCCUCACCCAACACCAGAGAAUCCACACUGGCGAAAAACCCUACAUUUGUCCCAGUUGUGACAAAAGGUUCAGCCAAAGCUCCGCCCUGACUCAGCAUCAGAGGAUCCAUACUGGAGAGAGGUUUUAUGCUUGCCUCGACUGCUCAAAAACCUUUGUUUACCAGUCAGCUCUGAUUCGGCAUCGGAGGAUCCACACGGGGGAAAAGUGCUACAAGUGCCCUGAAUGUGGGAAAGGCUUCAACCAAAGCUCCAAUCUUAUUACGCACCGGAAAAUUCAUAAUGGAAAUGGGACAGUAUGUAGGAAUGAGAAGAAGAAUCCUCGGUCAGAAAGUCGCACACAAUUAGAAGCCCACACAGCAGUCCAUAAGCCAUCAAAGCCAGUUUCUUCUCCUCAGACUCCUCAACUGGAGAAAGAUCUUCUCCACCAGAAAUCUAUGGAGAACAAUUCCUCAAUUCUUCCAGCUCAGAAUGGGGUUCCAGAGGGUUUCAUCCCUCAGAAAAUCAGAAUAAAAACCCCUCGGGUUAAGAGAGCCCUUGUGUGCCUGGAGUGCGGAAAGAGCUUCAAGUACAGCUCCCAUCUGGUUAACCACGAGAGGAUCCACACGGGAGAGAAGCCUUACAACUGCACAGAUUGUGGGAAGAACUUCAUCCAGAGCUCGGCCCUCAAGAGGCACCAGAGGAGCCACCGAGGCGACCGUCCUUACCAGUGUGCCGACUGCGGGAAGAGCUUCAGCCGGAACUCGCACCUGGCGAAGCACCGAGGGAUUCACACUGGAGAGAAACCAUUUGAGUGUCUCGACUGUGGGAAGAAAUUCAGUGUUAAAAUGAACCUGGCAAUUCACCGGCGAAUCCAUACUGGGGAGAAACCUUAUACAUGCCCAGAGUGUGGAAAGAGUUUCAGCCAGCGGCCCCAUUUCAUCAUCCAUCGGAGGAUCCACACCGGUGAGAAACCUUAUUCAUGCCCUGACUGCGGGAGGAGCUUUCGGGUGAGCUCCCACCUUGUUACACACCAGAAGGUCCACAUGGGGAAGACGUCCUUCAUAUGUCCCGAAUGUGGGAAAAGCUGUAAUGGUAGUAAAGAGUUUAUUCAACACAAGAUGCUCCACAUCCAUGGAGGAAGCCAUAAAGUGUCCAAUCUGGGGGUCAGCAUUAAAACUGAAUUCUGUGAUCCUGAGUCUCCUGGUACACCAGGCCGUAGCUAUUGGUCUUGAAAUAGAUUGGCAAAUGACUGGCUAGGUUGGGCAAAGAAUGGGAAGGCGUUACAGGCUCCCUCUUAGGAUUGCAAAUGGUGAAAUCCUUUAUGUGCUUUAGAAGGGGAAACUGUCAAUCAAAUUGUAAAUCAUAUAUCUAGAAUGGGCAAUUGCCAGGGGCCACACUAGAUCCCUCUGGCACCUCAAAGGGCCACACCAUUCCGGAUCAAUUUCUGUUUUUAAAUAUCCUAUAUACUCGUGCAUAAGUCAACCUCACAUGUAAGUCGGAGGUAAGUUUUGAGGUCAAAACUAUGUAUUUUGAAACAACCCAUGGAUAAGUAAAGAAUCAUAUUCUACAGCAGUGGUUCCCAACCUUUUUUUGACCAGGGACCACUUUGACGAGGGACCACUCUUCAACAUUAGUACCAAAAGGGUUACAAAUCAGUUUUUGCUCAACUUUAGAUUUGGUUUGGUUAUUUGGGGUGCUGAUUCAAAAAAUUGCAUGGGAUGGACCACAUCAGCCCUAGUUUCUGUUACAGAACAUAUGCCAUCCAGUAGUCACCAUCUGCUCGCCCACAGAAAACCAUAUUUAAUAAUCUAGAGCUGAUGUGGUCUAUCCAAUGUAAUUUUCUGAAUCAGCACCCCAAAUAACACCAGGAACAGGCCUAAAAACAAAGACACCAAGGCGCCACAUGGAACGGCUCCACUCGGAGUGGGAGGAGGAGGAGAAGCAGCAGUCAGGAGGCUUGUUGUCGCACCUUUCAUGGGUAAUCAGCCUCUCCCUUCUGACAUCCUCAUUGCCUCGGGACUAUAAGUGGGUUUCGCAAGACCAGUCACUCGUUGCAACAGUGUAGUAAUGGUGAGGCUGCAGAUCAUAUUUUAGUUCUUGGGGACCACUGGUGGUCCACGGACCACAGGUUGGGAACCACGGCUCUACAGAGAGGGGAAAGCAUCAGUGCCAUUUUUUAACCAAAGCAUUCAAAAAAGCCAGAAAUAUCAGCAGAAAGAGGAGUGGAGAUUGGUGUUUCUUCUAGGUUCUCCUGAGAUGGACUAAAUUCUUACCUUUCGUCAUUCUUGUCAUAAAAUAGAAUUAUUCCUUUUUUAUAAGAGUUAAGGCACAAUGCUCACAUUUAUCCCUGGAUAAGUCAAUCUGAGUCUUUUUGGUUUUUUAAUUAAAAUUUCUAGACUUACAUAAGUGUAUAGGGCAGGACCCUUCUAGGCAUGGUAACAAGAACACAGAAAUUAACCCUAUGCCCCAUGAUAUUUGUUGAAGGGCUUUUUCAGUUAAAAGAAUGCUAGAGGGUCCUUGGAGGGCCUUAAAACAACCUUGGGGUUCACACCCUUCCCCCUUCUGUCUUAUGUUACAAUUGAGCGCCAAAUAUAGUUUUAUCUUGACCAGAGUCAUGUUCUCUGCUCAGUCUUGGCCUUGGGUCCACUGUGAUGUCAGCCAAACCUACCUCACUGGGUUGCGGUCAACAUGGAGGAAAGCAAUUUGUACAUAUUGACCUUAGUUUCGAGGUCUAAAGGAUAAAACAUCGGUGCAAUCAAUACAAUGCUAUGCAGUUCCACAAGUACAGCAUUGGCUCAGGUCAUCUGGUGUAGCAUCUCUGUUCAGUGAGUAUCAUCAAGAGCUUUUUGCCUUGAAAAUAAAACUUUUUCAGGAUGUUGGCAUCAGCUGGUAGUAGUGCUGAUAAGCAUAUGUUAAAUGGCCCUUUGUCUAUCGGCUUUAAUAUCAGAUUGAAGAAGGACGUGAACUUAGUGCAGUACGAUUUGACUGCUGUAUCUGUGGGAUUAGUAUCUAGGAUUUUAUAUAUCCACAUCUUGACAAAGUAAGUCCUCUGGCAUUUUCUAGGUCUUCCAGCUUGUAUCUGUGGUAUUCUUGGGCUCAAAGUCUUUAAUUUUAAUACCAGCUUGGGUACCCGGUGGUGCCCAAGUUAUCUGAAAAAAGCAUUAUUUGUUUUGGGGUGUUAGAUAAUAUCAUUUAGUUAAUUAGUAACACUAUCAGUUAGAAAAAAGCCAGUCUUUGAUUUGCUAUUUGCAACAGUCACACUUGCAUCUAACAGACAAGAGUUCUUUCUCCCACCUGGGACAUUCCACAGAUAUAUAAACCCCACUUGCCUAGUUUCCAACAGACUUCACAACCUCUGAGGAUGCCUGCCAUAGAUGUGGGUGAAACAUCAGGAGAAAAUGCUUCUGGAACAUGGCCAUACAGCUGGAAAACUCACAGCAACCCAUUCAUUCUGUUACUUUUGCCCCAGGUCUCCAAUCCUGGAUUACGAUCCUGUCCUCGAGGGGCGGGGGGAGGUAUUAGCUAUCCCUCUCAUUGGUGUUGUCUGCAAAUGUUAUAUUUAUAUCAUCUAUUCCAUCGUCCAAUAUGUUGAAUAGCCCUUGGCCCAGGACAGACACCUGCAGCACUCCACUGGUCAAUUCUCUCCAAGAUGAAAAAGGAGGAGCCAGUGGUUAACCACUUACAAAUUCAUCUAACUGUAGUAUUUAGCCUGCAUUUUGUAUCUUGUUUCUGCGAAUAUUAUGGGUGAGCCUGUCAAAGGCCUUACUGAAAUCAAGCAUUGUUUUCGGUCUUCCAAAGAGGUAAGAUUAGUUUAGCACGACUUGUUUUUGAGAAACCCAUGUUGACUUUUAGUGACCACAUCAUUCCUUUAUUUACUCUCUUCAGUGAUAAUUUGCUGUUCAUGUAUUUAUCUGUUUGAUUAUUUCUUGUCUUGUCGAAAUUGCUUUGAGUGUCUCCACGGGAGUGGAAGAGUGGUUCAUAUAUUUUAUCUUGAAAUAAAAUUUAUAUUUAACAUUA